AUGGGCGAUCAACAAAGUGACAACGGCGAAGGCAAGCCUAAGAAAGCCUCGAAAAGAACCAAGAAGGUGGCUGCCCAAGAGCCUGAUGCAGACGCCAAGUCAUCGACAGAACCAAAGCACAGUACUCUGAAGAAAGCCGCAGUAGAGGCAAAUCCCAAUGAGGACGACACAGUUGAAGAAAAUAAAGUCACCAAGAAGACUGCUAAAUCUACGAAAAAGAAGGCUGAAGACGUCGAUGAAGACAAACCUAAAAAGGUCACCAAAUCCAAGGCCAAGCCCGCGAAGAUUCUACCACCAAUAGCAGAGCGUACCAAGGAUAUCAAGCUGCGAGUUGGCGCCCACGUGAGCAUUGCAGGAGGCGUACACAAUGCUGUUAUCAACGUCGUACAUAUUGGUGGUAACGCUUUUGCCAUGUUCAUGAAGAAUCAACGCAAGUGGGAAACGGUCGAUAUGGACCCAGAGCAUGCACAAUUCUUCGUCCAGUGGUGCAAAGACCAUAGCAUAGACGCCGCAGAGUGCUGCUUACCUCAUGGAUCAUACCUGGUCAACCUCGCACACCCGGAUCCUGCGCGCAAGAAACAGGCCUAUGACUCCUUUCUCAAUGACUUGACGCGUUGCCAUAGGCUAGGCAUUCGGUAUUACAACUUUCACCCAGGCAAUGCUAACGCGACCACCCACGAAGAAGGCAUCCGGAUCAUUGCUGAGAAUCUCAACAAGGCACAUGCAGACCCGGAGACUGGCAAAGUUGUUACCGUUCUUGAAACCAUGGCAACCCUUGGCAAUACCAUUGGUGGCACCUUUUCAGACCUCGCAGCCAUUAUCAAGCUUGUCGAUGACAAGAGUCGUGUAGGGGUUUGCUUGGAUACCUGCCACGUUUUCGCCGCCGGUUAUGACCUCCGCACUCCUGAAGCAUACGCCGAAACAAUGAAGAAGUUUGACGAGGAGAUUGGUUUGGAUUAUCUCAAGGCCUUCCAUAUCAACGACAGUAAGGCUCCUUUGUCAAGUCACCGUGACCUUCAUGCCCGCAUCGGCACUGGCUAUCUCGGGCUCGAAUCCUUCCAUAACCUGAUGAAUGAUGAGCGCUUUCAUGGUCUUCCUAUGGUUCUCGAGACACCAAUCGACGUGACUGACAAGAAUGGAAAGAAGGUCGAGGACAAGGGUGUCUGGGCCCGGGAGAUCAAGAUGCUGGAAAGCCUUGUUGGCAUGGAUAUCGACUCUGAGGAGUUCAAGACACUGAGUGCACGUCUUCAAGAUGAAGGUGCUGGUGAACGCGAGCGUGUUGGUGACCAAGUACAAAGAAAGACGGCCAAAGACGCGAAGCCCAAGAGCAAAAGGGCGGCUAAGAAGAAGGUCGAGAGUGAAGAGGAGGAUGACAUGGAAGAAUAAGCACAAAAGCACAUGGGCUGCUUACCGCCGCCACCGACGAGAUGGAUGACGCAUGUGGGGGUAUUUGGCUGCAGCGAAAGGCUCGGCUCGAGUGUAUGUUUCUCGCUAGUCUUUUGAAUAAGGCCUGGACUAGCUAGUUUUGAAAGGGGCGUAUUCAGUGCAUGGAUCUCGUAGGGCGUGGAUAGUUUUAUAUGUGAGGAUACCCUGGGUUGGGAUUUUGGAAGCGUCGAUUCAGUCACGAUAUGGUUUGUCGGAAUCUAUACAGCUUAAUGAGCACAGCAAAUUCGCUAGAUAAUACAAUACAUAGGGAAAGAGUGGGUAUACUGCCAUCAGAAAGAGGCCCCUGUGUGUGUGGAUGCUACAAGUCAU